UUUAAGACAUCAAUGUUGGUCUCAACAAUGGAGUCUUCAUCUUCUCAAUCUCGCUUUGUCAAAGUUUUCAAAGAGGGUAAUAUCAUUGGCAGAAAACUCAAUAUCUUCGCCUUCAAUAACUACGAGAGCGUCGUGGCCGCUUUGUCUAACAUGUUUGAUACAACAAUUAGAUACGGCGACGGAGAUAGCUCUGUAUCUAGGAAUCAUCAUCAUACGUUAACGUAUUUAGACAAAAAUGGAAAUUGGAUGAUGGCCGGAGACAUCUCUUGGGACAAUUUUCUGAGUGCAGCUCAAAGAUUAUAUAUCAGGAGCCCCGGUGUCCUUAAACCUUGAUUAGUACUAGAUUACCACCCGAUAUGUUAACACAAUUCCAACGAAACAUUUCACACCUCUUCAAAUGAAGUUAACUAAUCUAAUAUUUGUAAAGUUAAUUACUAGUUUAUUACUUAACGAAAAUAAAUGAUUAGUAUAACUCUAACCAAGAACUACACUUGUCUCCCUUAUUACCCUGUCGGAUUGUGUUUAGUUAGAGAAUAAUAUACAUGUUGAAAGAUC